AUGCUGGACGCACGUCGGCAAGCGCGGGCGGCCCGCCUCGCCGCCAAGCAAGUGCCCGCCAUCGAGCGCGUGCCGUUCGACGACCUGCCGCGCGAGGCGGCGGCGCGUGCCGCACGGCUGCAGCGCGCCGAGGAGCUCGAGUCGCUCGAGGGCCGCGCGCAGGAGGCGUCUGCGUCUGCGUUUGCCGACGAGACGGCUGCGGCGAGGGCGCACGCCGAGGCCCUCCGUGCUGGCGCAGAGACGGAGCUCAGCCGGUGGGCGGCUCGCCGCGAGGCGGCGGCACAGGAGCGAUCCGCGAUCGAGCACGCCGCGGCAGCGGCGGCGGCCGUGGCGGAGCAGCACGCGGCGCGCUCGGAGGCUGCGCGUGCACGAGCGGCGCUCGUCGCGCAUGCCGAGCAGUUGCGCGCCCAGUUGUCGAUGCUCGUGCCGCUACCACUGGACGGUGCCCCUCGGGAGGCCGGGGCUGUCGCCACGGCGCAACCGCGCGUGGCGGCGGCGACGGCCUGGCGCCAAUCUCCAGCGAGCGCGUCGCUCGACUGA